UCUCACUUAGGCACAGUAGAUUAAACAGUAGGCACUGUGAACUGGGACUUCUGCUCCAAGCAAUCUGUGGCCGUGGCUGAUUGCUCUGCUCCAUGGCCACUUCCGAUCAGAAAGAUCAGGCAUGGAUCCCCAAAUAUUUCAGGAAGAAAGUCUGCACAACUUUCAUUGAGCAACCUAGUGAUACAGGAGCCUCCGAUUUCUGCCAGUGUGGCAAUCCUCGCAAAAACCAUACGUCAGUAGCCAUAGAAGAUGCUUUUGGAGCAGCCAUUGUCAGCAAAUGGGACUCAGCGCAACAUACCACAGAGAGUCCAACUGAUGCAUAUGGGGAGGUGGAAUUUCUAGGCACUGGCCGUAGACCAAGCAAGUUCAUUCGCCUCUCUGACUCAUCUGAUCCUCGAAAUGCUUAUACUUUAGUAACACAUCACUGGAAAAUCCCACAUCCCAACUUGGUGGUGUCAGUGGUGGGAGGCGAAGGUGAGGGGCCUGUAAGGGCCUGGCUCAAAGAUGUGCUGAGAAAGGGGCUGGUUAAAGCAGCUCAGAGCACAGGUGCCUGGAUUAUGACAAGUGGUCUCCAAGCUGGUGUAGGCCGGUAUGUGGGGGAAGCAGUGAGAGACCACGCUAUGGCCAGUACCAGCCGCAGCACUCAUGUUGUAGCAAUGGGCAUUGCUCCAUGGGGUAUUGUUGAGCAGCACCAAUGCCUUGUCAACCCCAAGGGUUCCUUCCCAGCACGUUACCCCAGGACAAACCCUGUGAGUCCUUACUGCCCUCUAGAUGCCAACCAUUCUGCCUUCUUCUUGGUGGACAAUGGGACAGUGGGCAGAGCAGGCGGAGAGGCUGCCUUCCGAGCCCGUUUGGAACGCUAUAUUGCCAAACAGAAAGUGGGAGCUGGCGGUGAAGGGAGCAUUGAGAUUCCUGUGUUGCUGCUGCUCAUCAGUGGGGACUCAGCCAUGUUCAAGCGUGUAUCAGAGGCUGUACAUGCCUCCAUUCCCUGCCUCCUCCUAGCUGGAUCUGGGGGAGCAGCAGACCUCUUGGCUGAAUUGUUGGAAGAGACACAACCUGGGGAGUCCUUGAAAACUCUGGCAAUGAAGAAAAUGCAGGGAAAAUUCCCAGACAAUAACUUGGAGGAGUUGGCUGAGCAGGUGGAAAGCAUUGGGAAUCUGAGGGAAUUGGUGACUGUCUAUUCAGACCAAGAAGGUUUGGAAGAGUUUGAGACUGUCCUGCUUAAAGCUCUAGUGAAAGGAUGCAAGCGGUCAAGCAAGGCCACCUGUUAUCUGGAUGAGCUACGUUUGGCAGUAGCCUGGAAUCGGGUGGACAUUGCCAGCACAGAAUUGUUCCGUGGGGACAUUCUCUGGGAGCCCAGCCUGCUGGAGAACCCAAUGCGUGAUGCACUGCUAGGUAAUCGAACUGACUUAGUGUGCCUCUUUGUGGAGAAUGGCUUGGAUGUAGGACAGUUCCUGACAUGGGGAAAGCUGGAACAGUUGUAUGCUGGGUCCCCCAAGGCCUCACUGCUGUACCAUCUUUUGGAGGGAUACCAAAAGACAGGCUCUGAGCCAUCCACCCCUCCUGAAGACUUGCUACUGGAACGGUCUUUGCCCGAUUGCCAUUUAUCUCAUGUGACUCUUAUUCUGCAUGAGCUACUAGGGGAUGUCUGUGCUCCUUUUUAUGCAGGACUAUACCCUACUGGCCACAGAGGGAUACCGAAAAAAGGAUUAUUACCGAACGGAGAUUCCACAUACCAAAAUGAGCGGUCACCAAACCCUUGGACUGAUCUAUUUAUCUGGGCAGUGUUGCUGAAUCGAAAAGAGAUGGCAAUUUACUUCUGGGAAAUGGCACCUGAUGCAGUGGCUGGGGCAUUGGCAGCAGCAAAAAUACUGCGGGAACUUUCACAUCAAGAGACAGAGACAGAGGAAGUGGCAGCCAUGAAGGAUUUAGCUAUGCACUUUGAAAACUUGGCCAUAGGAGUAUUCAGUGAAUGCUACCGUAAUAGUGAGCCACGGGCCUAUAAACUACUGGUUCGCUGUUCCUACCUCUGGGGUGGAGCCACUAUCCUCCAUCUGGCUCACCAAGCUGAUGCCCGUCUCUUUUUUGCACAGGAUGGUGUGCAGUCCCUGCUUACCCAAAACUGGUGGGGAGAGAUGGACCGAAGUACCUCUGUCUGGAAGCUACUUCUCACAUUUUUUUGCCCCCCUCUCAUCUUUACUAAACUCAUUACAUUCAGGAGUAUGGAUGAUGAUCUGCGGCUGGAUUCCUUGGAACAGUUUGAACUGGACAGCCUUGAUACAGAUGUGAAAAGUACCAUCGGAGACAUGUUGUCUGAAAGUCUGACAGAUCCCUCCCCUCUUUCUGUUCGACAAAUCUGGUUACGACGGUGGCAUCAAUUCUGGGUGGCACCUGUGACAGCAUUCCUGGGCAAUGUGGUGAUGUACUUGCUCUUCCUCUUCCUCUUCUCCUACGUCUUGCUGCUGGAUUUUGACCCUCCACCUCCCAAAGGUCCAUCUGGCACUGAGAUAGUUCUAUACAUGUGGGUCUUCACACUAGUCUGUGAAGAGGUACGUCAAGGAUGCUUUGUGGGUUCCCGUCCUUUGUUGCAGAGAGUACGACGGUACAUCCUGGACACAUGGAACCAGUUUGAUAUCACGGCCCUGCUACUCUUCAUGGUAGGGCUAGUGUGCAGGCUGUUUCCUUCAUCAUAUGAAUCAGGACGCACCAUUCUGUGCCUGGAUUUCAUGAUCUUCACCCUUCGUCUCAUCCAUAUCUUUGCAGUCAACAAACAGUUGGGGCCCAAGAUGAUUAUCGUUGGCAAGAUGAUGAAGGAUGUAUUUCUCUUUCUCUUCUUCCUUGGGGUAUGGCUGGUAGCCUAUGGGGUCACGACCGAGGGUCUCCUUCUCCCCCAUGAUCGAAGAAUCCCUUGGAUAUUUCGACGUGUUUUCUAUCGACCUUACUUGCAAAUUUUUGGACAGAUCCCACUCAGUGAAAUUGAUGCUGCCCAGAUUACAGCCUCCAAUUGCACCUAUGAUCCUUUAGCCAUCUUGAUGGAGGAUGCAAACCCUUGUACCAAUACCUAUGCUAACUGGCUGGUGCUCGUUCUCCUAGUGAUCUUCCUGUUGGUAGCCAAUAUUCUGCUCCUCAACUUGCUGAUUGCAAUGUUCAGUUACACGUUCUCCAAAGUGCAAGGCAACAGUGAUAUCUACUGGAAAUCACAGCGUUACAGCCUUAUCUUGGAGUAUCAUAGCCGGCCUGCGUUGGCUCCACCCUUCAUCCUGAUCAGCCACCUACAUCUUUUGUUCAAGCGUCAUAUCAGCAAAGUACAGUCAGCAAAGAGACGUGACUUCUUGCUAGAACUCUCUGAGAUCCAAAAUAGGCGACUCCUGACGUGGGAAUCGGUACAGAAAGAAAAUUACUUAGUAACCCGGGCUCGACAGAAACGUGACAGUGACACUGAGCGACUCCGGAGAACUUCCCAAAAAGUCGAUCAGGUUUUAAAGCAGCUUUCUGAUAUCAAAGAAUCAGAGAGACGUCUGAAGACCCUUGAGAUGCAGAUGGAGUACUGUACAAGUGCCUUGUCUUGGAUAGUAAAUAUCUUGGCCCAGAGUGACAUAGCAAAAGGAAAACAAGUUCCACCUAUUCAGAAAAAAGAUUGAACUUUUCCAUGGCAUAUGAAAAAAGACAGUGAAGAAGUGUCAGCUGCUGCUGUUUACAAAAUCCCAAAAGUGUCUCAAUUUGAUGCCUCAAUUUGAUGCCUUAGAGAAUUAGAAUGUAGGCUUCAGCAGGAAAUAAUUGAGAGAAUCCAGUAUCACAUUUCAGUUCAGCUACAAAUACCCUACAUCUGACUUUAGUUCCCUUCAUUGGAAAAAUGAAUUAUCUACCUCAUAGCAUUUCAAUGGGAAUGAAAUGUGGACAAUUAAAACAAUUGAUAUGCCAGACCUGCAAAAACAAUAGAUAACAAUCCUGUUUUAUACUUAUAUUGAUAACUAAAUCAGCUGCUAAUUUUGUUUGCAGUCGGUAAAAUGAAGAGUCAGAAUGUUGUAAACCACUCAGAGAAUGCUGUUAUAUGGAGUGGUAUAUAAGUCUAAAUGCUAUUGCUAAAACAAUGAUAUAUGGGUGGAAGUACUGAGAUGGACAAUCUUUUGAUGGCUAGGUCACAAUUACACUGAGCUCCUCAAAGUUCAAAAAGAAAUAAUAUGAAGCAAACUGAUGAGACUAGCUUUCUAGGGUGUUUGGGGAAAAUGUUUCAAUUGGUUAUAUUUUGGUUUUCCCAUGAUUCCUGAUAUAAAUUAACAAGAAACUGUGGUUCUGGUAUGGUGCUCAGAGCUUUUGGAUGAACGUCUUAUUACACCUCAGGGGUGAAAUGUAAUUUUUUUUACUAACAGUUCUGUGGGCGUGGCUUGGUGGGGAGGUAAUAUGACUGGGUGUGUGUGGCCAACUUUUUUUUUUUUUUACUUUUAAAAGCAUUUUUUCUACAACCUUUGUCCAAAGAGCUUGUAGAAAAAAUGCUUUGAAAGGGUUCUGACAAUCUCUGGUGAGUUGCCUGAUCACCAGAACCCUUUCAAAGCAUUUUUUUACAGCCUCUUCAGCUGAAGAGCUUGUAGAGAAAGUGCUUUGAAAGGAUUCUGACAAUCCCUGCUGAGCCACGCAAUCAUCAGAGGCUUUUUUGUUUUACUUUUAAAAGCAUUUUUUCAGCAGAAGAAAAAAUGCUUUUACAAGUAAAAAAAACCUCUGAUGAUCACACGGCUCAGCUGGGCAUGCGGGGGGGGGGGCAGGGAUUUUUGCUACCGGUUCUCCAAACCACCCGCCACCAUCGCUACCGGAUUGGGCGAUCCGGUCGGAACCAGGAGCAUUUCACCCCUGAUAUAAUAUUAAUAGGAAUAGGUAGGACAUGCUAUGCCUUAAAGGAAUAAAUGGGAAUUAAUUAAAGUCCAUGCCUCAUAUGCAGGAGGCCCAAGCUUCAGUCUCUGGCAUUCCUAUCAAAAGAAUCUUGAGGUAGCAGGUGAUAGAAAGGGAUUCUUAUUGCCUGAAAGCCCUAAAGCUAUUAAUGAAAAUAGAUAAUGCAAUGGUAUGACCCUAUUACAAAACAGCUUUCUAUAUUCUUAAGAUAAUUACCUCCAUAAGUCUUUAUAUGGACAAUCCAGGCUGACAUUAAUUUCUCAAGUGCAUGUUUGCUUGAUAUCUCAUUACUAGUUGUCUUUGAAUCAGCCAAGGGGCCAUGCACUUGAUAUUGUACAAGAAGAGUAAGUGAAAUCAUGUGUGAUACCAUUUUCUAAUAUAACAAUGAGUAGAAACUAGAACUUUUCUAACUGAUGAUACAUCCAUCAGUUCUAAUGGCUUGGAUACAUAGACAACAGCAUGGUUGACACUUGCAAGCCAAAAGGAUAUUCUCCUAAUCAUGUAAUUAGUUUUGGUUGGUUUAUACUUUAAAAUUAUACCUACUAGAUGAUUAGGAUUCUAGGGUUAAAAAAAGUUAGAUCACCCGAGACUUUUGAUCAAUCCACUCAGUUCUGGGAAAUACAAAGAAUAUUGUAUCCAUUUCAACCUGCACAUGACCAAAGAUCCUUUAUAUGCAGGGGGAGGAAGUUGCUUGUUUGCAAACAGACAGAAGGCAGCAGUCCUUAGUAUUUAACCUGAAUUUCCCUCUUGGUAUUUUCAGCAUAGGUGAUGUCUGGUCAGUAAAAUAAAUUGUACUUUUUAUGUUAAGAAAACCUAUACCUGUAUACGUUAAAUGUCUUUCAGACAGAAAACUAAACAUCGCCAUGGCUAAGCAAAGUUAAGUGAACAAAGCAAUUACUGAGAAUCAUUAUCAAGUUAAAAUUGUUUCAAAUAUGAUUAAUUUCACUGAUAAAUCAAUAUCAUUGUAUCAGGUAAUAUAUUUCCUCCUGGCUACGUUAGGAGCAGCUUUAUGAGGACAAUAAUUUUGAACUCUGCCACUUCCUGCCCAUUUCUACAGCUGUUUUUAAGUUUGAUUCUUAAACCCAGCAGUCAAUCCUAUCAAAGAGGAUCCUAGCUCUCCAUCAUAUUUGAUAUGCCCUGACCUGAGGUCAAAAAAUCUGCUGCCUCUUAAUGGAAUAUUGAUUCUCAGCUUUGUUUUUAAUCAUGGGUGUCUUCCCAUGACUCUGGAGAGUAGCAAGGGGAAAAACAGUAAUUAUGGUCAGUUACAGAUAAUUGCAGGAUGGUAUUAUAUUGCUAGAAGAUAAAGAUCUGUUCCAGAGAAUAAUUAUGGCAUUUAGUUUUCAAUGUUAGCCUUCAGUCUUUUUAGGGUUUUUAAACUGUGAACUUGUUUGUGAACCAAAUGGUAACUAAAAGGAUAUUUACAAAUCAAGUCAUUUAUACCAAAUCAAUUUUCUUUAAAAAAUGUCACUUUUAUGGUUAAAUUAAUUAAUUACUCCUUCUAACAUUGCUCGAAGUACAUAAUAGAACUAUUAGAAUGCAUAUGUCUGGAACUGUAAUAAAUAAAAGUUAAUUUGUGUUAUUAA